GGGGGCUGUCUGUAAGUGAGGACUGGUCUGCCUCCCAAGGUUUGUGAGAGUGAAGGAUCAUCUUCCAGGCUGAAAUUAUCCCAAAGUACAAAGUUUGUAUUAAAAGUGACAAAAUACAUACAGUACAUAAUCUGCAAUAUCCUAAAUUAAAGUUAAUAAAUUUAACCAUAAAAUUAAAAUAUUAGCAUCCAACUAUUGGGGUAAAAAGUGAUACUAACACCAGCUUGUGGGAAGCAAACAUAGCAGUGAGUGUAGCAUGUCCCGCAGUAAUUGAGAAUUUAGGAUGGAUUGUCCCUCAGUAAAUACAAUCCAUCGGAGAAGUAUUUCAGUUACUUUCCCCGUUUCGCUUCUCCAUGGCACUUUUUUAUAACUCAGCUAUAGGACAGCAGCAGCUAGAAACCCCAGCACAGACCUUAGCUAGGGUGUCAGGGGCAGCUAGAUGAGGUCGGAGCCCGAUUUCAGGGGCCUGCAGCUGACAUUUCACAACCAGCGCAGGGAUUUGUUCUUGCCUCUCUCACCAGUUUCACUGUAAAGGGACCUGGGAAUCCCACCCGCAGUUUUGAGUGUGUGUAGCGGCCCCAUGUGCUAUUAGAGCUCAGUGGAGACACACAGGGAGCGACAGUCUCUGCCCUGAAGAACUUACAAAGAAAUUCGAGCAGACAGAGGAAGGGUUCCUCACUGCGUCCUCCUUAUAUCCAUGGGGGACGAAGUCACAAAGAGAGGAGGGUAAAGUUACUGCUGCUCCGUCUGCUGCUACCACAUAGCGACUACGGUCUAUUUCUCUCUCCUUUUUAAGACCGGAGCGGAUGCAAAUCGAGUGACCACAUUUCCUGGGAGACGCCCCCGGUGUCCCUGAGUCUGCAGAAGAGACGGCACAGACACGUGUCUCUGCAGCUCACACCCAUCCCCGCUUCUCUGCGCACUCUCCUGCAGAAUUGUCUCCAAAACAGUCAGAAAAGAGAUGAUGCUGUGGCUACCCCUCGCUUUCAUGGCAGCAAUUCCCAGAGGAGUCCAUUCGCAGAUUCAGCUGGUGGAGGCUGGGAGAGGUGUUAAAACCACAGGAGAUUCUAUCAGCAUCUCCUGUAAAGUCUCCGGAUUUCCCUUUGGAAACUAUUGGAUGUUCUGGUACCGCCAAGUUCCCGGGAAAGCGGCAGAGUGGAUCUCCUACAUUAACCCCGAUGGCACUAACACGGACUAUGCCCAUUCAGUGAACGGGCGAUUCAGCAUCUCCAGAGACAACCCCAGCAACCUGCUCUAUUUGCAAAUGUCCGGCCUGAGACCCGAGGACUCGGCGUUGUAUCACUGUCACAGAGACACAGUGACGGGCAGGGAAUGUGACCACGUACAAAAACAUCCCCUUUGCAGUCACGGCCCGCUGCAGGGCAAACCCCAGGUGAAGAGUCAGACACACACUUUUGUUGGUGGAAAGAACAAGGAGAAAAUGUCCCCAGCGCUGCCAUCAGCGCGGGACGGACACGGCUUUUGUGGGGCUGCAGAGACAGGUCAGGGCUGGGGGAGGAAACACGAGGCGGCCGCUGUCGCAGUCCCUGCCCCUAGGAGGCAGCACCCCCGUGUUCUCUGCUGCACACCUGCCCCUCCGGGCUACCAGCGUGCCACCGCCCCCACACCCGCCCUGGGGGGCAGCACCCCGCUCUUGGCUGCGCUCCUUCACUUAGACGAUUCCCAAGCGGCCUCUGGGGGCGGGAGGGGUCCGCAUUGCUUUGUUGCACCCUGGGUCCUGGGAGACCUUGGUGGGUUCCGGGCUGUGGUAGGGAGCAGCAAAAGGGGACAGGGUGAGAUGUCGCUCGCUGCUGGCAGAUCUGACGCUGCCCCCUUGACUGCCCCCACUAGGAAUGGAACCCGGCUGUCGGACCUGGGGCCCAGCCCACUGACUGAACUCCUAGGGAGAAGACUUUUCCAGUCACCCCCUGGGGUUGAUAGUUAG